AUGAAUUUAUAGUAAGAACAAGAUGAUGAAAAGAAAAGAUAAGCAUUUGAAUAGUUAGGAGAUAAUCCUACUGAAGUUGAUAUUAAAUAUGUUAGCUAUUUAUUGAAAAUUCCAUUGCUUACAAUAAGAUAGUGGUUAGAUGAAAAAUCAGGAGUUGAUGUUCAAAUUGAAAUCCAACCUGAAGAAGAAAAGGAUGUGUAAAUAAUUGGAAUCGCAUAAAAAAAAAUAAAAUUACAAUGCUUAAAAAAUCUAUAAAUAAAAGAAGAGGAGCCCUCCGUAUAAUAAAUAACUGAAUUUCAUAAAAAAAAACCUAAAAUUCCAGAACCCAAAGAAAAGUAAAAAUAACGUCGAAGAAGAGUGGCAAAUAAAUCAUCCACUACAACCAAAAAGCUCUAAAAAUUUAAUUCCAAAAAUUAAAAUGUAAUAAAUAAUCAAACAUAAGAAAAAUUACUUUAAGAUAGUAAUAGUAAGAGUUAAAAUCAGAAAUAAUAAUCUAAUAAUAACUAAUUAAAAUAAUUUGACUAGAUUUAAUAAAAUUUGACCGAAGUUGUAUAGAAUGACAUUUAGUAAAAUUAAUCUUAAAAUGAUAAACUAUAAAAUCAAAAUAUUGUGAAAGAUUAAUAAUAAAUUGUAAAUCAAAAUGUGGAAAAGCUACAGUAAAAUAAAUAACCAGAGUAAGUAUCAAAGCCACUAAGAAUUUGCAUUUAGAAUUAAGAUCAUCUAUAAAAAUAAUCUUAAUAAAAAAAUAAUGAAAAACUAUAAACAUAAUAAUAAUAAAAUUAGACUUAAUUGAAUACAUCUACAUAAAUGGACCCAAAUUCAAACGUGCAAUCCAUAAAUGCAUAAUAGUAGUAGUAAUAGUAGUAAUAAAUUAAAAAAUAAUUUAUACCAUAGAAUACCUAAAAAGCAAAUACAAUAUAAUAAGCAAAUAAUUAAUAGAAAUAACCUUAGAAUCAGCUUCAAAAUAAUGAAAAAUUAAAGCAAAUUAUAAUAUUGGAUGAUGAUAAUAAUAUAAGCUAAAUUAUUAAAAAUAAAAUGAAACAGGUACAACAACCAAAGUAACAAUAACCAAAAGAUUAAAAUCAGUAAAAGUUGCCUUUAAAUCCUAAUCUCAAUUAAAAAUUAAAUAAUAAUGAUUCCAACAACCUAAAUAAAAAAAAUCAGAUUUCAAAUCCAAAUUAAUAAAUUGUUACUUAAAUAUCAAAUGAAUAACGCAUUAACAAUACUUCUGCGGAAAAUUUGAUUCAAUAAUUAAACAAAUCAUUUGAUGUUUAAAUGACGGUUUAUUAAAAAGAGUAAAAUAUUUAAAAUCAGCCAAAUUUGACUUAGAAAGACAUAGGCAGUAAUUCUAAUUAUUCUUAAUAAUAAUAAUAAUAAUAAGAAUUAUUAAAAUAAAAUACUGUUUUUGAAUCUAAUAGUUUUAGCAAUUAGUCAUAAAUAUAGCAUUAUUUAUAAUAAAUUCCUCAUUAAUUAGGUUAAUAAUAAUAACAUCUUAGUGAUAUUUAGCAUAGUUAAACAAGUUAAUAAUUUUUUGAGUAAAUAUAAUCAAACUAUAGAUAACAGCAAAGCCUAAAUUAUAAUUAAAAUGAAAAUUCUGAAGCGCAAAGGUUUGCAGGUUUACCAUAGCUUCAAACAAAUUAAUAAAUCCCAAGCAAUCAAAACCUACUCAUACAAUAAAAUAAUUAAAAUAUAGAUUAUUUGAUAACGAAGCAAGCCUCAGCUACUUCUGAAUUAAAUUUAAUUCAAUAGCAACUAAAUUAGGCCUUGAAUCAACCAAAUUAAUAAAGUUACGAUGUUAAGUAACAAUUUGGAUCUUAUGAGAUUAUGUCGAUAUUGAAUUAACACUCAUAAACCUUAACAUAAGUAGUUUCAAUGUUAUCAACAAUAGGCAGUUUUUAGUUUUCUUUGA